AUGGAGGGAAUACUUAUUUCUGCUGUUGCAGGAGAUGGAGAGAAGCGUGGUAUGUCUGACAUGGAUGACUAUCUAAAGGAACAAAUAUUUAAGAAACUUCCAUUAAUAUCAAUAUUCCAGAUUCGCCUAGUUUGCAAACAAUGGAAUGAGAUUUUGUCCUCGCGCAAAUUUCUGUCUUCGUUGCCCGAGCAGAAUCCAUGGCUUCUCAUAUUCGGUGAAGAUUAUUGUAUGUCUUACUGUUUUUCAACCAAAAAAUGGAGGGCCAUCUCUCUCUCCUUCCUUCCACCUACUCUGCAAAAUAAUUUCGGACUCUAUAUGAAAUCAAGUACAGCAUUGGGAUUGCUGGCUUUUUUCAAAACCCACUUUGAUUUCUUUAAAAAAAAACCAGAACUAUAUCUUUGCAAUCCGCUUAUGAGAAUUUGUUCACGUACAGAAAUAUGGAUGACUGAAAACUUUUAUGUUGUACAUGGGACAAAUUCGGAACCAUAUUUGUUAGAGGAAGAAAAUAAAAAGUCCUUAAAAAUAUACCAUUAUUGUCAAGAUUCAUGGGAGAUUAAACAUAAGUUUGCAAAGGAUUUAGACUUAUGCCCUGAUGAAAUGGUUGAAUGCAAGGGCGUUAUUUUCUGGAGGACAAGUAGUCCUGCAAUAGUUGAUGGUUUUAGUAUGGAAGUUGAUUGUAUCAAACCUGUGAGAAUGGCUCCGCCACCCUCCCAAUUUGUUGAGGAUGACUAUAAGACUGGAACUUUAUUUAAAAGUAUUGUUGCAUAUGGAUCGUCUGUUCUUCUAGUGACAUUAAGGAACGAAUAUGGGGAUGAGAUAGAGCCGCUGCGUAUGGUUAUUUGGGAGUUGUUUGAAGACAAGCAAGAUAACUCGCUUUGGAAGUGGAAAGAAUUGGUUAGAAUGUCUGCACAUGACUCACUCCCUCAAGUUUUUCGUGGAGAUAAGCGGAUCAAUGAGGGCAUUACAGUGGGGAAUUACUUGUGCCUUCGCUUUCGAGAACCAUAUAGUCAUUUGAUCGUUGCAUAUGAUUUAAAGAAACGAAUUUGGCAAAUUCUUCCACAAAGCGGACGGAAAGACUUUACUCAAAUGCUGUCAUUUGGCCCCAAACUUAUUUUCCCGGAACUUUUACCUAUAUUAAAGGAAUGA